CAGGCAGACCGUCAUCCAUCUACGUACACAGUGUCAAGUCCUCGCGUGUCCUGUCAGCCAGCCAAGUAUUAAUGCUUACACCUGCACGGAUACCGACAAAACGACACCGACGUGUUCUUGUUGUUUCUGUCCUCAUCUCUGUUCCCAAUGUCUACAUCCACACUACCUAGUAGCAGACAGACUCAACCAGUCAACCCUGAUCCUGCCUCACCACCAAACGUUAAUGGUUUUCCUAACGGCAAUAACACGAACACGACAAACAAUGCAGGCUCGAACGUCAUGGAUGGGUUGCCCUCCGGUGAUGGGCCUUCGCCACUCGUCGCGGAGUUCAUACUAUCUGCUGGUGUCCUUGCGGGCUUAGUGUUAGUUGUUUGGUGGCGCAGGCGGAUAUUAGCUAUCAAUCCGUUUGCAAGACGGAAGGAGAGGGAAACGGAGGUGGAAGAGAAGCCCAAGUUUUGGGAUAUUUACUUGGAUCCUGAGGUGGGGUUUGAAUAUAGUUAUGGGCAUGUAUACGAAGAAGUUGAGAAAUGGCGGUGGCAGGAUGUUAAGCCCAUAUCUGCAAGCUAUUUACCUAACUCUUCAAUACCCUCACGAACCGACUCUACAAACUCCUCCCCGGAGCCUCGAUGUUCGAGCAGGGAUCAUCGCGACGCGUCCACCAGUCCUACAUCUGUCAACAGACACGCAGACUCUCUGCCACCCUUGCACAUCCCCCCACCACCCCAAUUGCUCUCAACUCACGCGUGUCCGCCACGAAUGCGCGUAUCCGUGCUGAUCUCAAUGCCAACGCCACCCAUACCGCGAUGCCACACGCCAUGCGAUUCCGAAGCAGACGCGUCAGACGCGUCCUCAGAGAUCGACAUCAAGAAGAAGCCGAGCCUAAUAGGGGUAACAGCUGGCUAUAGACGGGGAAUCAGCGUCGGUGACCUAGACUUUGCCCUUGGGACCACAGAAGUUACGCUGAUAGAGGACGAAGGGUAA